AUGGCGAUCGCUACCCAGUUGCGCCGACUCGUUUUCGGGUCGCUUAUCGUGGCCUCGAUUGCGAAACCCCUCGAGCGCCGCUUCGAGGGUGGCGACGACGACGACGACGAUACUCCGCUCCCGGUGGUUGUCUGGCAUGGCCUGGGCGACGCCUUCAAUGCCGAUGGAAUGCGCGAUGUCGCCGAGAUCAUUGACGAAGUUAAUUCCGGGACCCUCGUGUACCCCAUCCGCAUGGAUGAGGAUGGUUCCCGCGACCGCUACCUCUCCUUCGUUGGAAACGUGACCGAGCAAGUCGACAAAGUCUGUUCCGACCUCGCCUCACACCCGAUCCUCUCAACCGCUCCCGCAAUCGACGCCGUUGGUUUUUCCCAAGGCGGCCAGUUCCUCCGCGCAUACGUCGAGCGCUGCAACAACCCUCCGGUGCGUAGUUUGAUUACUUUCGGCUCGCAGCACAACGGGAUCACCAGUUUCCGCGAAUGCGCCCCGACCGACUGGAUAUGCCGCUUCGCCAUGGCCGUUCUGCGCGGGGAUGCCUGGAGUGACCGAGUCCAGAGCUCGCUUGUGCCGGCGCAGUACUACCGCAACCCGGAGGAAUACGAGCAGUACCUCGAGCACUCCAACUUUCUCGCCGACAUCAACAACGAGCGUCCCGACAAGAACCCCGAGUACAAGAAGAACCUCGCUCAGCUUGACAACUUUGUCAUGUACAUGUUCGAAGACGACACCACGGUGAUCCCCAAGGAGACUGCCUGGUUUGAGGAAGUCAACGGCACCGAAAGCACUCCGCUGCGCGCGCGCAAGUUGUACUCGGAGGACUGGAUUGGCCUGCGCACGCUCGACCGCAAGGGUGGGCUCAAGUUCCGCACCGCGCCUGGCGACCACAUGCAGCUCUCAACUGAGUUGUUGAAGGAGGCAUUUGGCGACUUCUUCGGACCGUUCAACUUGCGCCGUGGCCGUUCGGACCCGCGCCCAGCGACGGUUGUUGAGGAUGACGGCGGUGACCAGGAUCUUUGA